GCAGCAUCCGAGCGGGAACCGGAGCGGGAGCGCGAGCAGGAGCGGGAGCCAGAGACGAAGCCAGAGCGGGAAGCCGAGCUGGAGCCGAAGCUGGAGCCUGCACUGGGGCGCACCGAGCGGAACGAGGCUGCCAAGCCGAUGACUGCACGUGACCGUGGUUGAGCUGCGCACCAUAAACAUCAGGACAUCACGUGGCGUCUUCCACAGGCUCGCCCACUCCUGCCGCUCUGCGCAGUCUGCUGUCCACCGCGGUGACGCCGAACCCUCCCAGGUGGCUGCCGCGCAUGCGCCAAGCCGCCCCUUGCCGCGGAGCCAGGCUCUCGCCGCCAGGAGCGCGGGGGCGCUCCCCUUACCCACACUCAUCCGCCCAGGUGAGCGGAGGGUCCUUCCUUGUGAGAAGUCAGAGCUGUGCACGUGGGCAGGCUGGCUCCGCUAUUCUGCUCCAAGGAUUACAUGUCCUUCAAACGCCCCUGCCCCUCAGCUCGAUACAACCGUACCAACUACUUCUACCCCACAUUCUCAGAGAACUCGGAGCACAGCCAUCUGCUUGUGUCUCCUGUACUGGUGGCAAGUGCAGUCAUAGGGGUGGUCAUCAUCCUCUCCUGCAUCACCAUCAUCGUGGGCAGCCUCCGCAAGGAAAGGCAGGCCCAGGGCCAGCAGAACCAGCAACUCCAGUACCAGUACCACCGCAACCAUCGCCGCCGCCGCCGCCGCUCUCAAGAGUAUGAGCUCGGCCAAGUGUCUGAUGGGUAUAUGAACAGCCACUCAAGCCACAGGAUGCGCUAUGCCUGCAGCUCUGCCGAGGACUGGUCCCAAUCCUUGGACCUCAGCUCUGAUGGGGAAAUGGAUGCCAUAGAGCCCCAAGACCUGUACCCAGAUUCUCCGCCAGGUUACGAGGAGUGUGUGGGGCCAGGAGCCACUCAACUGUACAUCCCCACGGAUGCACCACCACCCUACUCGCUGACCGACGCCUGCCCCGUGCUGGAUGGCCUCCCGGACGCAGGCAGCAGUGGCAGCCCGGGCGGAUUCCAGCAGGCACAGAGGAUCCACGGCCAGAGUGGCCUCCGCACCAUCUCCAUGGAUACCCUCCCCUCUUAUGAGGCUGUGUGUAGGGCUAACCCUCCAUCGGGCCUGCUGCCACUGCCAGGUCUAGAGCUCGGGCCGUGGAGCUCCCAGGGCCCUCCCAGCCCCACCUGGGCCCCGGUCUCCAGCCCAGAGAGGAUUGUGUAAGUGCGGGCUGGCCAAGUCCUGCCAGGCCCUGGGGCUGAGCCACGUCGUCCAGGCACACGCGCAUGCGCACGCACACACAGCAUUCCCACGUGCAUACAAAUAUACACAACGUGUACACACAUGCACACUGAGACACCAUGUGUACACACACAUCCGGACAUGCCCCACAUGUGUGCAGACAUGUGCACGCACACAAGUCCCCACCCAGCCACACAACCAUCUGUGAAGGUUUCAUUAAAAAUGAAGCUCUCCCGACCUCCAGCCCCCUCCCCAGCCUGUGAGUUAUGAUGCUGUAGACAACACUUUGUGAAGACAGGUGGAGAAGAGACUGGGGCUUUCUCCACCUUGUCCCCCGGGCCUGUUUGCCCCUGCCCUCACCUGGCAGGCUGUGCCCAAACUCUGAUUCUUCCUCCGGAAACUGCUCGACCGUCCCGGGUCAGCUGCCUGCCCCCCUCACCCCCACAGGGCAGCCUGUCCUCCCACUUGGUGGGACAGGCCUCAGUGAGGCUCAGCUAUGAGCUGUACCUCUCUCUCAAUUACAGGGCAAAGAACCACAUCACCACCCUGCCACUUACAGGGUGAGGGCCACGGGUCUGGGGGCUCAGGCACAACCUGGAGGCCCUCACAGCCCGCCCUGCCCUCUCCCUAACCAGUGCCCUCCGUCUGGUGGUGCUAGCGGAGUUAUCUCAGAAGUCCCCCACCCCAAGCCCCAGGUGAUGAACAGG